AUCAAUCGCUCAUUUGGGGAGUUCUUUCCUAUUGCAGAUCACAGUGAGGUGGUCCUAUGUGGCUCUCCAUCAGGGAAGUUACACUCAACGUGCUAGAGGCCCCCGUCGCUUGCUUUAUCCCAAGCUUCCCAGUGCACAGUUCAGGUGUUCAGCCAUCAUCCUUGUCCCUCUCAUGUAACACUUAUCUUCUCUCUUAUCCUCCAAUUCUGUGAUGGCUUCCUGUACCCCUGUUCUGCUGGGGCCUGCUGACACCCACUUCCAUCUCUCUCCCAUUCAAUUCCUUCUGCCUUCUGGCUCUCCUCCCCGAGACCUGGCUCCUCCCUGAUACCAUAGCUUCCCUUUCCCAGACUGACGGCCCUUUGGCUCAUUUCCCCCCUCUCCCCCUCACUAGUGGAGGUGGGGGAGUUAGAAUACUCCUUGGGCCCUUUCUGACCUCUCCCUCCACCAUCAGAACUCGGCAACUUCUUUGAGGUUCAUUCAACUCUCUUGUCUUUGGUUUCCCAUGACUCUGGAGGGAGUGACUUUGUCCAAUUCGGCCUUACUUAAAUCCAAUUCAAGAGCACUUGUGAUGUCAAUGGUUCCCUUUGAGAACAAGUCCAUCCUUCACUCAGCUGUCCAAGUGACCUUCCAAAAGAGCAGGUCUGACCAGAUUAUAUCCAUAUUCAAGAAACUCUAGUUGUUCCCUAUCAUCUCCAAGAUCAAGUAUACAAUCCUCUGUCAUUUGGAGCCCGUCAUAAAAUAUCACCCCAUUACCUUCCCACCUUCUGGUACAUGACACUCAGCCCCUUUUAAUCUAGAAUCCAGUAACAUCAGCCUCCUUGCUUUUCUUCAGAUAAGAUGUUCUCUUUCCUAAUUGUAAGUCACACUUGGAACUGUUGCUUCCUCAUCUCACCUCCUGACUUCCCUGUUAAAUCCCACUUUCUACAGGAAAUCUGUCUUGAUCCUCUGUAAUUCAAGUGCCUUCCCUCUGUUGGUUAUCUCCAAUUUAUUCUGCAUAUAGCUUGUUUGUAGAUAGUUCUUUUCCCAUUUUCUCCUGAAUUAGGCUGUCAAAUCCCUGAAAUCAGGUACUAUCUUUUGCCUUUCUUUGUAUUUCCAAUGCUUAGCACAGUGCCUGGCACAUAGUAGGUGCUUAAGAAGUUUAUGGACUGACUGACCUAUCACAUACCUCUAUGUUUCUGUUUGUGUGAAAGUUGUCUUAAUUCUUUGGAGGCAGGUGGCCAAGUUUCACUGCCACGUGGCAACACUGGCAAAUUAUGAGAAUUGGAAAGGUGGGCCUUUACUUCCAUGGAAAGUUUUGCAAUUUCCUGAAAGUAAGCCAAGUCUCUCCUCCCUGUUUUCAGUUCUUCUGGGCUCGUUGUUUAUCUAUCAUAGGUAUACAAACUAAUGUUGAAGUUCUAUAGGGUAUCUGCCCAAAUGCCUGCUGAAAUUGGGACAAUAUCCAUCCUUCAUCUGCUUGGUCUUUUCUGUGCAGAUGGAUAGGUUAAACUCCUUUGAAUGUUAGAUUUCUUCCAGGUGUUUAAGCUUUUUCAAAUAAGUUUAAAUUCACCCAUGAACAGAAGUAUCUGGAGCAUUUCACUAUCUACAUUUAGGGAAUCCCUCCUUACCCUGGACUCUGUCCUGGAGCUCCUCCAUAACAAUGCAAGUAAACAGUUCUCUGUUUUAUGCCUUAUCUGAUGUUUAUUAUCAGUUAAAAACAAAAGAUAGUAGUAAUAAUAACAAUUAAAAACAAAUAGCCAUUCCUGGGGGGUUGUUGGUUUGUUGUGUGUGUGGUUUUUUUUUUUUUUUUUUUUUUUUUUCAGUUUCCAGGGAAUUCUAUAUGAUCUUGAGGUAUGAAUGACCAGACAUCUUGAUGUUAAAGAGUCUUUUAGAUGAGAUUUUGAUAGAAUUAAAAUAAUAAAACAGACAGAGAUGGGGAGAAACUGAGAGGGAGGGGGGAAGAGAGAGAGAGACAGUGAGAAAUUGAGAAAACCUGGUAUCAAAUCUUCUUUUUGACAGACUGGCUGUCUGAGCAAGUCACAACUUCUCAAUGUCUCAGAUAUUUCUCUGAGACUAUAAUUUGCAAAUAAGAUGCUGUUCUUCAUUAGCAGAGAGAGUUUUGUUGUCUGGAAAUUUCUGAUACCAGUAAAAUUAUAGAAUCCAGUCUCUAUCCCUAAAAUAACAUGCCAAUCGAAUGUAAUAUUGCUACAAGGAUCUAAUCUAUUUUAUACAAGAAGGAUCUUGGUUUCAACGAGGGAGGGGAAGCAAAGGACAUUCUUGAUUAGGGUCUGAGACCUUUGAGGUAUCCCCUAAACCCUCAAAUUUCAUGGUAGUCUGUCUUUGACUCCACUCAAGCAAAGAUGGGCACUGCUCCUUCUUUGAUCCAAUCCAAUGUAAGGGAAUACUGCAUUAGUUAAGCUUUUCCUGACUCUCACCUCCAGUGUAUCUACCAUCUGUAUAAUUCUCUUUUUGGGAUUAGGGAAGACAGGAUUGAAUUCUGCCUUGGACAGUGGGCAAAUCAUUUAUCCUCUCCCAGACUCAUAGUUUUCUUAUCUGAAAAAAUGAGAAUAACAACAGUGUCUACUUCAGAGGAUUGUUGUGAAGAUGAAAUGAAAUAACCUAUGUAAAGCAUUUUACAAAACCUUAAAUAUGUUAUGACUCUGAUCUUUUUUUUUUCCUCUUUUUUUUUUAAAUUUUUUAUUUAAUAAUUACAUUAUAUUGACACUCGUUUCUGUUCCGAUUUUUUUCCCCCUCCCUCCCUCCACCCCCUCCCCUAGAUGGCAAGCAGUCCUUUAUAUGUUGGAUAUGUUGCAGUAUAUCCUAGAUACAAUAUAUGUUUGCAGAACCGAACAGUUCUCUUGUUGUGUAGGGAGAAUUGGAUUCAGAAGGUAUAAAUAAUCCGGGAAGAAAAACAAAAAUGCAGAUAGUUUACAUUCGUUUCCCAGUGUUCUUUCUUUGGGUGUAGCUGCUUUUGUAUGACUCUGAUCUUGAUAGGAGUUUCAUUCUUUUGAUCUCGUGACUUUCUCAUAGAAAUCAAUGAAUGAUGUGUAAAAAUAUUUGUAGCAGCUCUUUUUGUGGUGGCAAAGAAUUGGAAAAUGAGUAGAUGCUUAUCAGUUGGGGAAUGGCUGAACAAGUUGUGGUAAAUGAAGGUAAUGGAAUAGUAUCAUUUUAUAAAAAAUGAUGAACAGGCUGAUUUUAGAAAAGCCUGGAAAGAUUUACAUCUUUGCAAAACAAGCAAAACCAGGAAAACAACAUAUACAGCAACAGCAAUAUUGUGUGAUGGUCAACUAUGAUGGACUUGCUUCUUAUCAGUAGUUCAGUGACCCAAAGCAAUCCCAAUAAACUUUGGAGGGCAAACACCAUGUAAAUACAGAGAGAGACCUAUAGAGACUGACUGUAAAAUAACAUGUGCUAUGUUCACUUUUUCUUGUUUUUUUUUUCUUGUUGUGGUUUUUCCUUUUUGUUCCAAUUUUUUCUCUCCCAACGUGAUUCAAAAGGAAAUAUAUAUUUAAAAUGAACGUACUAUAUUGUCAACCUGCCAUCUGGGGGAAGGGGUAGAGGGAAGGAGAUAAAAAGUUGGAACCAAAAAAAAAGUUGGAACAAAAGGAUUUGCAACUGUCAAUGCUGAAAAAUUACCUAUGCAUAUAUUUGUAAAUAAAAAGCUAUAAUAAAAAAUGAAUGUACAUAUAUAACCAAAAAAUGUUAUUUCUAUAUUUAACUAGGGAAAAUAAAAUGAGGGGAAAAAAAGAAAUUGACAAAUGGAAAACAAAUCAGUUUGUUUCCUCCCCUUGAUCUAUGGAUCCCCAUCAGCCAUCAGUUAGGAUCUCUCUCUUCCCUUUCAUGGGUAAACUCCUUGAAAAAGCCAUCUACAAUUAGUGUCUCUACUUGUUUUCCCUCUAUUCUUCUAAACUCCCUGUAGUCUGGCUUUUCACUAAAAUGGUAAAUCAAUGUUCUCACAAUUGCCAAACUUAAUAGCCUUCUCCUCCUCCCCCCCCCCCGCCCCCAGUCCUCAUCCUUCUUGCUCUCUCUUCUCCGCACCCUUUGCCCCAAUCCGUCACUCUCUUAUCCUCAACACUCUCUAGGUUUUCAUGACACUACUCUCAUCUGCUUCUCCUAUCUUUCUGACUGUUCUUUCUCACUUUCCUCUGGAUCUUCAUCCAGAUCAUGCCCACUAAUCUAUACAGAGCCUGCUUCUAAUUAGGUGAUCUCAUCAGCUCCCAUGGUCUCCAUGACUAUCUCUAUACAGAAGAUUCUCAGAUCUAUUUAUCCUGUUCCUCUUUGGCAUUUCAAACUCAAAAAAGAUGUCCUAUAGAAGUCUUCAAUUUAGCAUAUCUAAAACAGAACAUAUCUUUUCCUGCCUCCCCCCAAAAUAAAACCCACCCCUUUAAAUCUCCAAAUUAUUGUCAAAGGUACCACCAUCCUCCCAUCACCCAGAUUUGUAACCUUCCUUCUGCAGGACGAUUUUCCCAGUCUUGUUCAAAGUUUCCCCUGAGAUCACCUAUAAUUUAUCCUGUUUCUAUAGUUGUUUGCAUGUGGUCUCCUCUAUUAGAAUACAAGCUUCUUGAAGGUAUUGUUUCUGCCUUUCCUUUUAUCCCCAGUGCUCAGCAGAUGGCUGUUAAUAAUCGACUUGACUUGUUUGAAUUUCAUGUGGCUACUUACUCUAAGUCUCCAGGAUCUUCUAUAAUCACCAUUCUUUUACCCUCUGGGUCUAUGGCAUUAGUUACUUUAUUGGGUCUUCCUGCAAGCCAAGCCUCCUCCCUCAACCUGGAGGACUAGAUUUGGACUCUGGGAAACCUGGUUCUGAAUCUAGUUCAGUUAUUUACUGAAUGAGCUUGACCUUGACCAGUAAAGCCUGUUUUCCCCGUGUACCCCGGGGAUUAGGUGAUCUCUGGGGUCAGUUCCAAGAAUUCUAAAUAUUUGAUCCCACAAAAAAACAGCCUCUCUUUUCCCUCCCCUCAUACUGUCAAUAGGGCCUCCUUUGUUGGUCAGAUGCUUCUCUGCAGAUACUGGAUCCAAAAGGGAGAGCAUCUGUGUAGCUGUUGAGAAAGAUAAUUGGCUGGGGGUAAUUUCCCAGGCCUCACCCAGUGCCUGGAAUAUCUCCUUGCCUCAGCUUGCUGAACUCUGUCUCUACUCCCUCCCACCUCUAAACUUCUAUAGGCCAUUCCUCCCAGCCACCCACCCACCCACCCCCAGCCCUAUUGCCAAAACAUCAUUACUCUCUCCUCCCUAGCCUGAUAAGGCUUUCUUGCUCCAAGAAGUCACAGACCUCACUCUCUGGCAUGUACCACUGUACUUAAUAAUAUACUUGCUUCCUGUGUGUUUGUUCCUUACUUCCUUGCAUCUUCUUGAUCUGCCCUCGCCCCCAAUUCGUUGCAUUGAUCUGUCAGUCAUCACCUUUCAUUUGUUGACUACCUCCUAUAGCCCGGCACUUGUGUGGCUGACCGACUUCCACCAUUAAAACAUUUAAAAAGCUUGGGAGAUGCCCAGGUAUCAGGAAUCCUUUUUUCCAAGUCGGUGGAAAACGAGGGUGUUUCCCUGGAAUCCCCUGGGAUGCUUGCUCCCCUGCUCAUCUGGAACUCCCUAGUCCUUCCGAGGUUCAGCUCAAGUACCACUUCCAUAAGUGGUAUUUUCUGAUUCUUCCAGGGAGAUCCAGGUCCUGCUUUGGAUAGAUAUUCAUGGGGAAAGCACACAUGAGUGGCCUUGGGCAUCCUCCGAACAUUGUACGUCAAAGAAGAAUCGCUGAUCUGAGUUGGUAGAGGGAGUUUUACUACAAGGAGUUCUCCACGUUGUUAUAAUUAAAAGGCUAGACCAAGAAAAUCCCCCAAAUCUCCCACAUCCCACUUCCCCCUCACCCCACCUCUCCAUCUUCUCGUCUUUGCCAUUUGUCAUCUUGAGCUCCUUAAUUGGCUUUCCCCAUCACGUGGGUGGACAUAAAGCCCCCAGAACAGAGAAAGAACUCGUCCAGAGCUGUAGUCUGCUCUCUCACCUCGACCCGGCCCUGGGAGAACCCUCAAGAGAGCAAGGAGGUAGCCGAGGAAAGAAGAGCAAGAUGGGGAGUGGAGCCAGUUCCGAGGACAAAGAACUAGCCAAGAGGUCCAAGGAGCUGGAGAAAAAGCUUCAGGAGGACGCGGACAAAGAGGCAAAGACUGUCAAGCUCUUAUUGCUGGGUGCUGGGGAGUCAGGAAAGAGUACCAUCGUCAAACAGAUGAAAAUCAUCCACCAGGACGGCUACACACCAGAGGAGUGUCUGGAGUUCAAGACCGUCAUCUACGGCAAUGUGUUACAGUCCAUUCUGGCCAUCAUCCGGGCCAUGUCCACCCUGGGCAUUGACUAUGCCGACUCAGCUCGCGUGGAUGACGGCCGGCAGCUCAACAACAUGGCCGACUCCAUGGAGGAGGGGACCAUGCCCUCGGAGCUGGUGGUCAUCAUCAAGAAGCUGUGGCAAGACGCGGGCGUGCAGGCCUGCUUCGAGCGGGCUGCCGAGUACCAGCUCAACGACUCUGCCUCCUACUAUCUCAACCAGCUGGAUCGAAUAACAGCCCCCGACUACCUCCCCAAUGAGCAGGAUGUUCUCCGGUCUCGGGUCAAAACCACAGGGAUCAUAGAGACCAAGUUCUCAGUCAAAGACCUGAAUUUCAGGAUGUUUGACGUGGGAGGGCAGAGGUCCGAGCGCAAGAAAUGGAUCCACUGUUUUGAAGGUGUUACCUGCAUCAUUUUCUGUGGAGCCCUAAGUGCCUAUGACAUGGUACUGGUGGAAGAUGAUGAAGUGAACCGCAUGCACGAGUCUCUGCACCUGUUCAACAGCAUAUGCAACCACAAGUUCUUUGCGGCUACUUCCAUCGUGCUCUUUCUCAACAAGAAGGAUCUCUUUGAGGAGAAGAUCAAAAAGGUUCACCUCAGCAUUUGCUUCCCCGAGUAUGAUGGGAACAACUCAUAUGAGGAUGCAGGAAAUUACAUAAAGAACCAGUUCCUUGAUCUAAAUAUGCGAAAAGAUGUCAAAGAAAUCUACAGUCAUAUGACUUGUGCAACAGACACCCAGAAUGUCAAAUUUGUGUUUGAUGCGGUUACAGAUAUCAUCAUCAAAGAAAACCUCAAGGAUUGUGGGCUUUUCUAGUUCUCAUCAGUCAGCAGAUACCCAUCUGAAAAAACAGGCAGGGCUGGACACUUGUUUGGGAAAUCGGAAUGACAGGCCAAUGGAUAAUGGAUAUAUUACCUGCCUUCUUGGUGGGUGGGGGAGGGCCUGGAGAGACAGACAGAAUUUGGAACUCAAAGGAAAUUUUCAUGUUAAAAAUGAAUGUUUUAAAAAGAUUAAAGGUGAAACUGUAGUAUGUUUUGUUUUGCAUUUUAAAAAAGAAAUGAUAGGCCGGGCAAUUCCCAGGAACAAGAAUAGCAAAGCCAUUCUCCACUGGAGAUGAAGCAUGCUUAAUUGGCUCUUCCACAACAAUCUGUGGCAACAUCUUAGCAUUUUCUGAUGAGGGAGAGGGUUAUUACAAGCUAAUGGACUUUUGGGGCUUCCUUUUAAGUUGUAUCUUAAGCUUUCACAGUGGAAGAGCACAGACACAUGGUGCCAUUUUUAAAAUUCAACACUCAAUUUUGUGGAAUGAGACAUUCCAAUCAAAACAGCUUAUAAAAUGCCUCCAACUGCAUGUUUCCAUGUACUACACCGCUUUGGUUCCAAGGGGACCAAGAGCCCACGUUAGGUUUUGCAAAUUUGUGCAUUUUCACGACAUACAAUGGGAAAUUAUGAUUUUUUUAAAAAAUCCUAUUUGGGGAAGUCCCAAUGAGAAGUUGUAGCCCCCAUUUUUUAAAACAGCAGGCACAUUAAUUAAAAAUUAUUAAAUUUUUAAAAUUAAAAAUCAUUCUAAAUGCUGAGGAAAUGGAGGCAUCGGCAGCCAAGAACUUCAAAGUUUUCUAUACUUUUGGGAAGAAUGGAUACGAUUUUAUCAAUAUAGGAUGGAAAUUUUGGGUAUGUAAACUCUUUCCAAUACACAGCAACACCUUGCCUGGAACAAUGCUCAUGGUGGAUUUGCUCAUAGUGGUAGAAUCAAAAUGUGUUAAGAGAUGGUACCUAAAUCCAGAUCUUCUGUCUACUAUGUAACACUACCUUGUUAGGGAAAUGACAGUUGUUUAACAAAUGGUUGUCAAAUAUUGUAUUGAAAGCAAUGGAAGGAGCCUCCAAAGAGUUACCAAACAAGCAAAAGUAGGUAGUCUCUAGGAAAGGUCUAGGACCACAUCAAAGCUAUCCACACACUAUCCCUGUACCUCUCACAAAGAAUACAGAAUGGCCUUGAACUCCUGACCAUCAUUUUGCCGCCUAUGUCACAAUACAUUGGAGGGCGAAGGAAGCUGUUUUUGGUUUAAGCAGAAAUAAAAUCAAGAUAAAUUACAGUAUGUUAAAGCUGACAGAGAUUUUAGAUUUCAUCUAAGUUCAACCUUCCUUAGUUUACAAAGAGAAAAAGAAGGCAAAAAUUCUAAGUAACUUGCCAUUGCCAUAGUUCUGCUAAGGGCACAGCUGAUACUCAAACCUGGUUCUUCUUUUCAUCCUACAGAACCAUGGAUACACUUCCCGGGACUUCCUCUUCUACAUUCCCUGCUCUCUUUAGAACCUGGGAAGAAACUAGCUUUACAGUCUGGCUUUCAUAUACCCAUUGUGAAAAGCUCUCAUUUCAACUACUGCACAUUCCAAGAGAGAACAAAAAGGCAGCAAGUGUUGAUUUAGGCAACAGAAAGAUCUGCAAUAGGGCCCACGUAAUGUUGAUUGCAAACAAGUAAUAUCCCCUGUCAGGCCAAGAAAACUGCUCCCUUGAACUCUUGUUGGGGGGAGAGGGGAGGAGGGGAAGGGAAAGAACCUUGGAAAUAACUUGACAGGAGGUGUUUAAGUAAAAUCCAGAUUUAGCAAUUGCAAAUACCAGUGAGGAAUGUUCUUGGCAGUCAAGAUUUAGUAUAUAAAGGAAAGUGUUGAUUAAAAUGAAAACCUGUCCUUGCCAGAAACAUACAUUCACACUUUUGUCUGCUACUACCAAUAUUGAUACUAUGGAGCCAUAUGAGCCUGAGAUUCACUGAAGAAGAAAUGUGUAGCUGUUACAAUUUUGUAUUUAAUGGUCUUCCCCUUUUUCCAUUUCCCAAAAAAAGAAACAUAUUUGUGAGCAGAAUCACCACAGAAUUAAGUGAAAAAAUGUUCAGACUACUUUUUUUUUUUUUAACAACCUGCCAGAGACUCCUGUCCUUGUUACACAUCCAAACCCCAAACCAAAUCCACCCAAAGCAAACUGUUUUCCCAACUUCUAUGAAACUCUAGCUUGUUUUUUUUUUUUUUUAAUUACUGUGACCUUUACACACACACACACACACACACAC